AUGUCUGAUCCGCUGUUUGAGCCGGACUCUGAGGAGGAGCGGGUCGAGAACGAGCUGACCGAACUGCUGCGUAAGGAUGCCGAGGACGACGAGGAGCUGGUUAUCCCCGUGGUUGCGAAGGAUGGACCCGAGCAGCCCCGUCAGCCAGACACACGGCCCAUAUUCUCUAUGGGCAAUCGUCAAGACAGAACAGUCAAUUUAUCCUUGAGUCUGAAUUUCCAGCGCCAAAUCGUCAAGGAGCUUGUCCAAGAUGAUGGGCUCGUGGUUUUGGGCAAGGGCCUCGGGCUCGAGACCGUGGUGGCAAACCUGCUUCACGUGCUGAGCUUGUCUGUGAUGGAGGACAAGAAAAGCCUGAUUUUGCUGGUGAACGCGAGCGACUUUGAGAGCUACAAGAUCGGCGAGGAGUUGCGCGAACUGGCAUGGCUCGAUGGCCAGGACGAAACCGUGACUUUUGUCUCGGUGAGCAGAGACCCCACCACUUUGGACAAACGGCGUAGACUUUACGAGAAGGGCGGGAUAUUGUCCAUUUCGACCCGAAUCCUCGUGACAGACUUUCUCGGCGACGUUUUGGAUCCAGACAUCGUGACAGGGGUCGUAUUUCUGCACGCAGAACGGGUCAAGGAGUAUUCCACCGAACGGUUUGUUGCUAAUCUGUACCGUCGCAAAAACAAGUGGGGGUUUCUGAAAGCGUUCUCUGACGAACCCGAGCGCAUGGGGGCCGGGUUCCAGCCGCUGUACACGCGAAUGAAGUAUCUGCGGCUGCAGAAGGUGAUGUUAUGGCCGCGAUUCCAUGUGGAGAUCACCAGCUCGCUCAAGUCGCGCAAGGUGGAGAAUAAAGUGACCGAGGUCAAUGUCCGCAUGACCAGCUACAUGGUCAAGAUCCAGACAGGCUUGAUGGCGUGCAUGGAGGCUUGUAUCAACGAGCUCAGACGGCACAACCCAGAGAUCUCGUCGGAUUACUGGGCCAUCGAGAACUGUCUGGACGACGAGUUUGUGAAAAACAUCCGCGCAGCCCUGGACCCGUACUGGCACCGUGUCUCGUACACCACGAAACAGGUUCUGUUUGAUUUCACCACGCUACGUGACCUGCUGGGCAGACUGUUCACCUGGGAUGCAGUGCAGUUCUACCAGGAACUAUCGAGCAUCGUCGAGGCUAACAAGCCGUCUGUGACUAAUAACGAUAAGCGGAUGGCUCCGUGGCUACUGCUUGACGAGGCCAUGACGGUGAUCUCCUGUGCCAAAGCACGGGUGUUUGAUAAGGUGCGCGAGGACGACAACGAGAUGGCCACAUAUUUAUUGGAGGAGCUGCCGAAAUGGGAGCAACUUGCGAUGAUUCUAGACGAUAUUAACGACCAGAAAGAGCACGGAAACCAUUCCGAGGAUGGACCGGUGUUAAUUAUGUGCUCGACGGGUCAUUGUUGCAAUCAACUGAGCAAUUUCUUGCUCACCUACAAAGAGUACAGAGAAGGCGGCCAAGUCGGGUUCAGCGGCAGGCGAAUGAUGGUUCGUCGGUUCAAGGACCAUCUCGCGUGGAAGAAAGGUGCUGGCAGUCGCAACUUGAAGAUCCAGAAAGAGCUCAACAAGGCGUUUCAGCAACAGACCUCGGAGACCGCUCCUGAGACCGAGGAGUCGGGAGUCUCGCGCACGUUUAUCCGUCGCAAGGCCCCGCCAACUAAACGGCGUAGGGCGCGUGGAGGAGCGGUGAUCACCUCGUACAACAAGAUGCUCAGCCGAACAGAAGGGGAGAGCUUGAACGAGGAGGCCCAGGACGCAAUGGUGGAUCUUUUGGAAACGCAGCUGAGCGAGGCCAGCGACGACGAGGUGAAACAGGAGAGCGACGACAUGGACGAUUUUGAAAUCUUGAGCGAGUCCACCACCAACCACACACAGAAAGGUCUGAUUUACGAGUACGUCGACCGGUCAGAGCAGGUGAUCAUAGAGAAGUUUGAUGCCAAGAGCAGCAACUUCUUGCUCGAGGAGAUCAUGCCGUCGUACAUCAUUCUGUACGAGCCGGACCUGGGAUUUAUCCGCAAAGUUGAGCUGUUUCAGUCGCUCAGACACACGCGGCCGGCUAAGUGCUAUUUCAUGUACUAUGGCGACUCGAUCGAGGAACAAGGGUACUUGAACAGUAUUAAGAAGGAGAAAGACGCAUUCACAAAACUAAUCCGCGAGAAGUCGGCAUUGCCCAAAACUUUUAUCACCGACGAGGACGAAAGCGCGCGGUUCCUGCCCACGAUCAGUGCGAACACGCGUAUUGCCGGCGGGAACCCGCUGGAUACCAAAAAUAAAGUGGUGGUUGAUGUUCGAGAGUUCCGGUCGCAGCUGCCGUUUUUGUGCUACCUGGCCGCCAUGGAGGUGAUUCCGUGCAUGCUGACCGUGGGGGACUACAUUCUGUCGCCCAAGAUCUGUAUUGAGAGGAAGUCGAUUCCCGACCUGAUCGGGUCCCUGAAAAGCGGCCGGCUCUACCAGCAGUGCGAGCAGAUGUUCCGGUACUACGAGCUGCCGACGCUGCUGAUUGAGUUCGAGGAGGGCAAGUCGUUCUCUUUGGAGCCAUUCUCGGGCUACAAGGACGGCCGCGGGUCUGGAAUUUCCGGCUCUGUGAACACCGGGUUGCAGCAGGACUUGCAACUCAAAUUAAUGAUGCUGCUGAUAGCUUUUCCCAGCUUAAAGAUUAUUUGGACAUCGUCUCCGUUUGAGACCGCGCGCGUGUUCCGGGAGCUGAAGCUCACACAGGAGGAGCCGGACGUGGAUCGUGCCAUCAGCGCCGGACUCAACCCGAUGUUCGACAAGGACACUUAUUUCAACGACAUGGCCAUCGAUCUGAUCCAGAACAUCCCUGGAAUCAGCUCUGUGAACGUGCACCUGAUCAUCAACAAGGUGCGCAGUUUGCGCGAGCUCAGCCAGAUGACCCGUGAGCAGCUCGCACCGCUCAUUGGCCAAGAGGCCGCCGGCAAGAGGUCCGACUCCGGCGUGGAGUACUUUGGUCCGGCCAGUAACUUCUCCCUAAUGAGCCAGUUGAACCACUAUUUACGGCAGGUUGCCGGCAGCCACGACCAGACAGACAAAAACGAGCGACUCGCACGCUUUGGUAUCAAUCUUCUCGUUCUGAAGGAAACCGCCGAGGACUUUGAUUUCAGUCUUGAGACCAUCUCGUUCCAAACAGUCAACCUGUUGCUUACUUUCUAUCUGGAGACCUGGCACGUUGCAUAUCCCGUGUUUAUAGCCGAGGACUUAUUUGAUUUAUCCGUGCAGGAGUGGAAAACAGCCACCGACUCGCCGCACUCCAAGGCCAUUUUGUAUCUGGUCCUGUCAAUCGGGGCCGCUUCGGCGUAUUUCGAGAAGAGCGCUGACGGCGAGAAAACGCUCUCGCUGGCCCGAGGGUUUUUCAUCCUGGCACAGAGCACCGUGCCCCAUAUCUUCACCGAGGUGUCUUUCGACGCCGUGCAGGUCCUGUUUCUGAUGAGCCUGAGCGCAGCUAAUCUUGGAGACACCUCCCAGUCGUACCUGUACAUUGGGUACGCGGUGCGAGUGGCCACUGCGAUUGGGUUGCAUCAGACGGCCAGCCACGAGUCUGCGCGCCAGUCGCGCGUGUGGAUCUGCGUCUGGCAUUGGGAAAAGUUCUGGGGAUGCUAUAUUGGGCGUCCGAGCUGCUGCCGCGACGAGAACGUUCCUGACCCGCCAGAGGAGUCCGUGUUUUCUGCCCCCGGUUAUGGCGAAAAGAACCGGUUUGCAAUUAACAGCAACCACAUGCAAAUCCGCCGCCGGUUCGGUACCAAGUGCAGCACCAUCCAGACAGAGCUCUACUACGCCAAACACAAGGGUCUGUAUGGGGCAUUGGAGGCUGUGGAUAGACUGUCGAUGGAGAUCGACAACGACUAUUACAGCACGCCGCAAAAAGUGCUCACAAGCUCUGAUCUGGAUGCUCAUCUCCAGAUGGACAGCAACACCGUGCGCGAAUGGUUCUGGAUCCGCACAUACUACCUGUAUCUGAAGAUGAUGAUCUACAAGCCGUUUUUGAUCUUCAACGCCUACCUCGCUAUGGCGAACCACCAAUUCAACGUCAAGCUUUGCAACCGGCUCCGAAAGCUCUCUGAGACGUGUGUCCACUAUACCAUUCAACUGGCCGACUUCAUCAUCGGAGUCAACCACCGAGUGCGACUCAGACAACCCGCAAUCUUCCUGUGCACACACCUCGAAGCAACUAGCACGAUCCUGCUCUUCUACAUCAUGACCAACAAGGCCAACAUCGAGGAAGAACUGGCCAAGAAAAUAUGGCAGGUGUUGCAGGACACAUGCUUAUUUGUGAGCGACUCCUCAGGACCAAAAGCUGGCAGUAUCCAGCUCAUAGCCAAGGACGCUAUCGAGUCGCUCUACGAUAUUCUCGAGAAAAGACAGGCAAUUUCUACAAAUUUUGAUAAACUCAUGGAAGGUCCAAUUGGCGAUAGCACGGAGUACUCGUCGCCAGAUAUUGAAAACAUAUGGCAAACUACGCUUGAUUGGCUCAAUAGCACGCAAUCACACGCCGUUGACCAGUUUGUCAAUAAUUCCGGCAGCAUAUAG